CUUCUCCUCGAUGACGGAAGAUGGAAAGCAAGAUCGAAUCUCCUUGAAGGGAGAUGGAGAGAGGCAAGCCACGCGGUUCUCCAGAGCUUAUCAGUUCGUGUCGGGCAGUCGUGCAAUGCGUUGCUUCGCCUUAUAGUUUAUUUGUGCCAUCAAUAUUACGUGUGAUACACAUUGAACGCUUCACGGGAUAUACAGGGUGGCCUAUUUUAAUCUAUAAAUCAACUAUCGGAAGCCGCCAGCGCUUUUGCAUCCAGCCGAAAACUUCGGGUACGUCGCGUUUCAACGCGACCGGAAGAAGCUUCUUCAGAACAAGCCGGAUCGAUUUGGCCUUGCGAAUGUACUUCUCAAUAUGGAUAUUCGUAUUAGUGCAAUUUAUACAAUACACAUCUGGCGAGGAAACAAUUCUAGAUUCACCUCGUGGACCAUGCGAGGGUCCACUGGGUGAGGACGAUCUUCAAACAUUCGACUUCAUCAGCAAGCUGAAAUUAGAUCUUUUAGAGGCGCAGUACACUGGCGUAACGCGUGUCAGAGGUAGCAAUCGCAUGCAAACCGCCUACAGAUUGGAAAAGGAUGCAGACGUCACCCUGCCAACCAAGAUUAUACUUCCAAACGGUUUGCCAGAGGAAUUCAGCGCAGUCUGCACGUUCAGAGCCAGAAAACUGCCAAAGUAUGCUUGGCACAUUAUCAGAAUCGUCGACAUGGAAAACGAGCCCCAGUUUUUAAUCGCAAUGAACCCAAAAACUCAGACUUUGGAUUUGUCCAUGAAGAACCAGACAAGGAGACUAGAAACGGCGUCGUUCACCGCCGAUCGUAUCUUCGAUAAAAAUUGGCACAAAAUUAAUAUCGGAAUCUUCAAGAAUAAGCUGGUAGUAUACAUUGAUUGCGACUACGUUGGCACGCAAGAUCUGAAUCCACGAGGACCUAUCAAAGCGGAUGGCGAAGUCUCAAUAUCGAAGAUAUCGCACAGCAAACAUACUGUACCGAUCGAUAUUCAGUGGAUGGUCUUAAAUUGCGAUCCUACGAGGCCAGAGACAGAGACCUGUGAGGAACUACCGAAGAGCCUUAGCAGCUCCUUAUUACCUCAGAGAAGACCUAGCUGCGAAAUUAUAUGUCCACAGGGACCUCCGGGAACUAAUGGCACUAAUGGUUUACCUGGCUUAGCUGGUUUACCUGGACCACCUGGACCAAUCGGAGAACCCGGAUUACCUGGGAGACAGGGUUUACGCGGACCACCUGGAGAACAAGGCAAAUCAGGACCACAAGGAUUUACCGGUGCACGGGGAUUUCCUGGAAAUCCUGGUCCCAAAGGACCCACUGGACCAAUUGGUCUAUCUGGAGCAAAGGGAGAAAACGGUGAAAGAGGAGACAUGGGAUUUCCGGGAUUGAAAGGAGACCAAGGUUUACCAGGACCACGUGGUUAUCCAGGUCCUCCAGGUCCACCAGGAAAUAUUAGUGACUAUCGUAACAUCAUACCACGAUUUGUAGGGCCACCAGGUUCUCCAGGAUUUCCGGGUCAAAAAGGAGAGCAAGGGGAACACAGCAACAAAGGGGAACAAGGUCAAAAAGGUGAACCAGGAGAAAAAGGUAAUCCAGGACAAGAUGGGUCUCCUGGAUCAGAAGGAAAGCCAGGCCUUGAUGGUUUUCCUGGACUCAAAGGAGAAAUAGGAUUUCCAGGAGCACCAGGUCCUCAGGGAUUACCAGGUCUUCGUGGUGAAACUGGAGCACCCGGUUUACCCGGAAUUCAAGGUCCAAAAGGAGAUGCUGGAGAACCUGGCCGCGAUGGUUCAAUAGUCGGAUCCAUUGUACCAGGACCAGCUGGUCCUGAAGGCCCUCCUGGUACACCAGGAGAAGAUGGUUUACCAGGAAUAAAAGGAGAACCUGGUCCUGUUGGCCCACCAGGUCUUCCUGGAUUGCAAGGAAAGAACGGUCCUCCUGGUUCUCCGGGACCUCCAGGAUUGCAAGGUUCACCCGGUUUAUCUGGAGAAGUAGGUGCCCCAGGUCCUCGAGGAAUCGAAGGUGCUGUUGGAAAAUCAGGACCACCAGGAUUCAGUGGACGACCUGGGGAAAAAGGUGAUAGAGGUCAGCAAGGAGAACAAGGUCCCGUUGGACCACGUGGUUUACCUGGAAGUCCCGGUACACCAGGUUUACCUGGAGCCGCUGGUAUUCCAGGGUUAGAUGGACGACCAGGUCCACCUGGCCCUCCAGGUUUUCCUGGGCCACCAGGAAUGGUUUCAGACAUGUUAAGUACAAAUAAUGUGUUGGAAACUAUCGGCAGUCCAGGCGUUAGUGGACCAAGAGGUGUGCCAGGUACUCCAGGAUUACCAGGUGAGAGAGGACCUCCUGGAGAACGAGGUCCACAAGGUCAAAUAGGACUACCAGGAAUGCCAGGGAAAGAUGGAGCGCCGGGGCUUCAAGGACCACCAGGUGUCAGAGGACAAACAGGAAUGCCAGGAGUCCAAGGACCACCAGGCCAAAGUAUCACCGAAUCAGAAAUUCGAGAUAUAUGUGCCAGUGUGUUAAGAGAGCAGAUAACUGAGAUGGCAGCACAGAUGCAAGGCCCACCUGGUCCACCUGGUCGAGGCCGUCCAGGUCGUCUUGGAUCACCUGGUCCACAAGGUCGCCCAGAGAGGCUGAAAGAACUAACAGAAGGUCUUCGAGGGCAACCCGGGUUGCCGGGAUUGGCCCGACAGGGUCGUCCCGGUCGAACCGGAACCCAGGGCAUCCCAGGUGAUCCAGGUCCUCCAGGUUUACCUGGGGAACGUGGAUUUGUUGGAUUACCAGGACCACAAGGCCCCAUAGGUCCUCAAGGUCCAUCUGGUGAACGAGGUGAGAAAGGUGAUAAAGGCCAGGAAGGUGUUGGUAUAGAAGGUCCAAUGGGUCCACGGGGAUUGCCUGGUCCACCUGGUAAUGAUGGCAUUGGAUUGCCUGGAAGACAAGGAGAACGGGGGGAAUCAGGCAAACCAGGAAUCCCUGGGAUGAGAGGACCAGCUGGACCUCAGGGAUUACCUGGAUUUUGCGAGUUGUGCAAUUAUCCAAGCGCCAACUACUUACAGUAUUCUCGCGGUAAUGAAAAAGGGCCCUAAAAUCAUAAGUACUUUUAAGAAUUUAAAAGGUAAAAAAUAUAAGAAGACCAAUUAA